AGACAAAUGCCAAUCGUGAUAGCCAUAUCCGGUAAACGAAAAUCUGGAAAAGAUUACUGUACAAACUUGAUCAGAGAAGUAUUGGUGCAAAAGCGAUUUGAUGUUUCAGUUGCGGGUAUUUCACAUAGCCUGAAAAUGGAAUUUGCUAAGAAACAUGGUUUAAAGUAUGAAGAACUUCUAACUGACGGGCCAUACAAAGAGCUGUAUAGAAAAGAUAUGAUCCAGUGGGGAGAAGAAGCGAGAUGUAAAGAUUCCGGAUUGUUUUGCAGAGCGGCGAUCAGUUCAACAAUGGACAGCGACAUAGUUAUUAUAUCCGACUGCCGACGAAGGACAGACUAUGAAUAUUUCAGUGCCAACUACAGAACUGUAACGAUUCGAAUCGAGACAAGUGAAGAGGAUAGAAAACAACGAGGCUACCAAUUUGUCGAAGGUGUCGAUGAUGCCGAAUCUGAAUGUGGACUUGACGACUACAAAUUCAACUUAGUUAUCAAAAAUCAAAGCGGAACAGAUUUAUCUCAACAACUAAAUAUGGUUACUGAAAAGAUUUCCCGAAUCAUUGAUAAAUUAAAGCUACCUAUCAACAAGGAAUAAAAAUUCUCAAUCGUGAUUUGGUGGAAUGUGAACAUUUUUUGUGAGGUCAUCAAAUGCCAAUUUGUCAAGAUAUGCAUUUCGAUCAAGGGAAAUGAGAAGCGGCCGCUUGCCCACAAAAGCUGUUGCCAGAGGGAUCCAUACUUUCUUCAUUUCGGGAGCUACGGCUGCAUCGACAACUUCAGAAGCUGAGAAUCUCAAUGCUUGUUUUUGCAUUAAGAAAUUGUAAUGAACAGUUGUGAACACCUGUUA